AUGACGCCCAACAUCGCCAAAGGUCAAACCGACACCUCCAAGUUCACGGGGCAGGGUCCCGAGUCGAAGGCAGAACAUCCGCACAAUAACCCCGUCAUGGAGUAUAAUCCUGCUCCAGGUGCUAAAGCUCCGAUGCUGACCUCCGAAGGCUCCGUCGGAAAUCAAUUCACAGCAGAGGGUGCCAUUGGCGGCGCGGCACAAAAGAUUGGGGGUCCCUUGGAUCAACAUGGAAUGAUCGGGGGCAUGUUCAAAGAGGACGGCGCCAUCGGCGGGACGGUAAACAAGAUGGCCGGCGGAAAGUCAUGA